AUGUCUCCGAAGUCACGAAGAGGCGACGGAUGGCCUGGAUUGCCGCUAUCAGAAGACCUAAUAUAACGUUCGAAAACACUCCACCUCACAUGUUAGUCUGCUCCAAGCAUUUCCACAACGGCAAACCAGCCUACGAAAUGCUGGAAUGCGAUCCAGACUGGGCACCCUCUCUCAAACUGGGCCACACAGAAGUUAAAGCUUCUACCACUGCUAGAUUUGAUCGGUUAAAACAGAGAUCGAAAUCAAAACAGCCACGAAAAGGCCCGCGUUCCUCUGGGGCAGAGACAGCUCAUGCAGGUGAAAUCCAUCCAGCACCAGUCACUACGGAAACUACAGCUGAGAGCCAACCACAGCAGAUAAAUCCAAAGCACCAGGAUGAAGAUCUGCAGGAGUGUAAAAUGUGUUCUCAAAGGUUACAAGAAAUAGCACACCUUCAAGAAGAAAACCUAGUGUUAAAAAAAGAACUGUCCAAAAAGAAAUUAGACAUGGAAUUCUUGAAAGACGAGAACUCUAAAGUUAAAUUCUACACAGGGCUGCCUUCUUUUGCUUUACUAAUGGGGUGCUACAACAAAUCAGCCCGAGCUUGCCAGACACUGACAGGAAAAUUUCCCAGUUUCAGAUGCUCUUGCUAACUCUCAUGCGUUUAAGACUCAACCUUCCGAUUGCACAUAUUGCACACCUCUUUGAU